CGUCGCGCACGCGUGUGCGUCGCGCGUCAGGGCUCCGCGGAGAGCAGAGGCUUCCAGUCUUCCGAGAAGCAUCAGAGUAUGGAGCUGCGAGGAGGAGGAAGGGCCAGCUGAAAUAGCGAGAGAGAGAGAGAGAGAGAGGACAGCGAAAGCAGAAGAGGAGGCGGCCAGCGAGAGCUGAUCGCGGAGGAGAGAGCUUGCGCGAGCUUGCGAGCGAGAGCGAGCGAGUCAGUGCUGUGCGGGAGAGAUCGAUAGGUAGGCUCGCUCCCGUCGCUUUGGCUGCCACGGAGCGAGCAGCGGCGGCACCGGAGGGGGUGCGGCCGCCCGAGGCCGGUGGUCGUCGUCCAGGCGGCCAUGCCCGGGGGUCCAGGAGCACCCGUCGCUCACGCAGCAGCCUCCUCGCAGCAACAGCAGCAGAUGAGGCCUGCCGAGCUACAGAUGGACCCGCGCAGUCUGCCCGGUGCUCCCUAUCAGCUGCACCAGAGCCAGACCCAUCACACGCAGGUGGACGUGUCGACGCAGGUGGACCUGCACGACGGGGCCUCGUCUCUGCAGCGCGGCCUGACACCUCUCUACUCCCGCGAGGACAUCAAGGAGCAGUACUGCAUAACGAGCCGACAGCUGGACGCCGUGGAGAAGUCCGGCGGUGGGAUAUUCGGUUGCCUUACGAGUCGAGGUCCCUCGCCCUGCAGUUCCUCGGCCAAAGCCUCGAUCCUCUCGGCCUGCGUGCGCAGUGCCCCGAGCGACGAGAACCUCUUCGACGCGCCCUAUCCCUAUCCGUAUCCGUACCACGUCGGCCGCACCGGGAGCGGACGACAUCAGAUGCAGCCUCUACAGAUAAUGUACCAGCAGCCCUACUCGACCUACCCCAGGCUACCGCCGAGGUACGGCGGCUACGUCGAGGACGACGAAGAGGACGACUGGGUCGAGAGUUCCAUCUUUCGCAGGCGGCCAAAGUCCUUCUGCACUUCCUUCGAUCACAAGAGGUACACAUGGCUGCAAGAGGACGAGGAAUCGACGAAGAUGGAAAAGCCCCGCUCGGUCCUGCCCACCUCGGCUCAGCCUUUAACCCCGGCGUUGCACCAACAGCAGCAGCAGCAGCAGCAGCAACAGCAGCCACAAAUAACGAAGCCGAAGCACGUGAGCUUCGCGAGAUCGCACACGCUGACCUCGUUCGACAUGCCGCGCACAAAGAGCCCACCCCGACCGCACAAUCAGGAGAGGCUGAUAGACUCCCAGCCGACGGUGCAGACCUCCAUGGCCUCGGCCUUGGGGAUGCCUCAUCCUUACCCUCAGCCCGAGCCGCGGAUUCUCGUACUAGAAAAGCAACCGAAGAGGGGGACGAUGAAAGCUCAGGCAACGCAAACGGAGAUCGGUCCGAGCUUGCGGGGGAGGCCACCGGUGACGCUGAGCCCGAGGACGAUCCACCGGGUGAAGAUGGUGUCUCAGGGCGCGCAGACCAACGGCAUCCUGAACGGACGGAAACUGACGAAGAGCUACUCGGAAGCUGGACAGCUGGGCACGCCGCUUGGCUCUGGACCUGCCCUCAAGGAGGAGACCACCGAGCACGAGCCUCUGCAGCGGACGCAGAGCGAGGAGCCGCCGAGGUCACCCUUCAUGGUCGACACACCGCCGCCGAGGUCACCCAGAGAGGAAUUGCCCAACGGCGAUGUCGCGUUGCACGAGCUGGGUAAGAAGAAGGAGCUGGAGCUGGAAGAUCAGGAGAUCCUGAUAGAUUUCAAGCCGGCCCCGGUGUCGCCGGACGCGCGGGCUCUGCUGAACGAGAUGGCCCAGCCUUACCGGAGAUACGUCACGCUGCAGAAGACCCUCUCCGACGGCGAGAUCCAAGUGGAGAGGCGAGAAUUGAUCGGCGAGGCCGGCGAGCCGAGCUACCCCCACACGUGCCGUAGAAACCAUCAGGAUCCCUGGAGCAGAAAGCUUCGUGCGCCCGUCCAAUUUUCCUCGACGCCCGAGGAUCUCUCGCUGCUUAGGGUUACCUCACCCCCCGAUGACCAUAACGACGAGGAGUUCCACGAGAACCUCGUUCGCCGGGGCCUAUUCCGAAAACGAAGCGUCUCCCUCGAGGACGGCGUGCAAGUCCUCGCGACGAGCGACUACAUCCUACCAAGGUCUCUUCCUACGUCACCAACGUCACCUACCUCAGCGACAGUUCCAUCCAGAAUAGCAGGACGAAGCGUCCACCACCAUCGAGAGGCCGCGAGCGGCGGCGGUGGCACGCUGAUCGUGCAGCGGCAAUUUUUACACGCGGGCUGCGCCGUACCGUCGCCUUUCGCCUCGAGCGACUCGCUGACGGCGAACGACGCAACGCGGGACCACAGCGACGGCAUCUGGAACGAGUCGCAGGCGACCGUCCUGCAGGCCGACUCGCUGGCCCUGCUCACGCCAUCCUCGAAGCGCCGACACCUGCUCAUACUUCAGCACCAGCAACGAUCCUCCAUGGACACGGACGCCCUCGACGCCGAGGACGAGAUGGACGUCUACCCUCAGCCCAGUCCCAGGAUCAGGCUCGAGGCCGCCACCCCCGUCACCGUGUCUCCCAGCAUCGACGCGACGACGUACACGAGCACGAAUGGCCGGCCGCGGAUAGGCUUCCUCCGACGGAGUCCCGGACCCUCGCUGUCCCAGCCACACUCGCAGUCCUCGAGCGAAUUCGGCCUGAGUCGCUCGGGCACGACGGACAUUAGCGAGACAUCGACGACUGACGACUACAUCACUGCCAACACCUCGACGGGUACAGGGACCACGACCGGCACCUCGGCUACCACGAGCUCGCUCUCGAGGUCGCCUUUCCUGCCAACCGGACCGUCCGCCCAGCCCACCUCAGCUACUGCCACUACCGCGGAUGGGAGCUCUUUCGAGAGCGCGAGCUCGAUUUACAGCUUGGCCAGGAGCGAGGCCGUCCUCGAGGAGCCGAGCAGUCCGCACACCUUCAAGGACAAGUCGGACUCGCUGUACAGCGUCCAGCAGCAGCCCUCGCCAGCGAGAUCAUCGAGCAGUAGCAGCUCCGGGAGCUACGAUCUCGAGGACGCUAUGCCUGAACCGCCGCAGGAAGCCAUCAGGAAAACCACGACGCAGCCCUCCACUGGCGAGCAGGACAUGGAUGAGGGCCAUCACUCAUCAUCGGGCGGUUACGCCGAGUCACCGCCGGAUCCGCAAGCCUGGACGGAGGAGGAGCGUCGCCGGCGAAAGAAGACCUUCACCCUCGACUUUCCAGCUGGUCUGGAACCGUCGAGCGUCGAGACGGCCACGACUCCAGCCCCGACGAUGGCGGACGUCAGCAGCGCCGCCGUCGUGGAACCGAGUCCGUCGCCGAGUCACCGCGAGCGUCAUCGUUCUCGAGCCAAAAGCGCGGCGACUCGCUCGCCCCACCGGAACAACAAGCGACGAUCGCUCACCGGAGAGCAGCUCAUCCCCUCGAGCAGCAGUCAACAGCAGCAGCAACAGCAGCAGGUGAGCAGGAGUCCGCAGAAGGACGAGUGGCGGGAACAGGAGCGAGAGGAUCCGGGACACGUGCCGACGAGCGACGACUCGAGCUGCAGUCAUCACUACCACAUGCAUCAUCAUCACCCGCACCACCACGUGCACGGCGAGAGACACAGGCGGACCAGGGAAAGCCCCCGGAGGAAGAGCAGCGCCCACGUCUCGGCCAGGCGGCGCAGUAACGAGGACAAGAACGCGGCGCUGACGGGCAGCCUACCACGUCGUCGAUCGCGCGCGGUGGAGUACGUGUGCUCGAGUAGCCGUCUGAGCCCGGGCGGAUUGAGCAGUGGCCGUCACAGCCAGAGUCCGGGUCACCAGUCUUCCGGCGCAUCAUCAGGACUGCUCGUCAAGUCGCCGAGUCCCGAGGUCAGGCUGAAGGCGCUGUCGGCCGAGAGUCUCAGGUCGGUCAGUCCCGGCAGCGACAGCGUCUUCUACAGCGUCGCCGAGGACGCGCCGCCCUUGGAUCAGGCCCACUGUCAUCAUUGCGGACGAGAGGUCCCCGAGGAAAUAGUCCAGCCACCGGCCGGCUUCGCGGACUCACCGGAGGGAGGUCACAGGCCGUCGUCGUCGAAGCACUCAUCCUCGGGCCACAGACUGUUCAAGAAAUUCGACAAACGCUACAGAUCGGAGGACCGCGGAGAUCGACGGCAUCAUCGGAGCAGCGUUGGACGCUCGGACGUGAGGGCCAAGUCCGAGGAGAGAGGCGGCAAGCCCAGUAGCAGGUACGGGGAGGACUUCAGCAGGAAGAGGCUUCACGCCCGGAGCACCGAUGCCAGCAUGGAGAUUCUGACGGGACGGGAGGACGAAGACGCGUACGUAGAGCCGUACACAAGCGGCGAGUGGAUCUACAUCGGCGAUUUUGAAGAAAGCCACGUGUGGAAGCGACCGGACAGUAAAGACGGGGACGACGAGCUUAAAUGCCUUAAGGAACGAAGGGGAUCUCAGGAAUCUACGGAGAGCGAGAGGAGCUUUAGAAAAAAGUAUCAGGUCGCGACGCACAGGAUGGUACAUCGAAAGAGUAGUGGCGAAAUGUAUAAGAGGAUACAGACCAAGUGCUUCGAGAGCGACAAGCGAGUGGUAGUGAGGCGCGAAGCUGGCGGCGAAUUCGGCUUCCGGAUCCACGGCUCGAAGCCAGUCGUCGUAUCGGCGAUCGAGCCGGACACCCCGGCGGAGAGUUCGGGCUUGGAAGUGGGUGACAUCGUAAUGUCGGUGAACGGCAAGAGCGUCAUGGAGGCGACGCACUCGGAGGUUGUGCGACUGGCGCACUCGGGCUCGGACGUGCUAGAACUCGAGGUGGCGCGAACCUGCAACGUUCUUGCUCCUAAGCUGGCGAGAGACGGCGGACCCAAGGAGGCCAGACCCGAGCCUGCAUUGUGCUCGGGAUACCUCUGGAGGAAGUCCAGGACCGGACCGGGACAGACUCAGGACAAGUGGGUGCGCCGAUGGUUCGCUCUGCGUCGCGACAACUGCCUUUAUUACUACAAGACUGACACGGACUCGCAGCCAGUGGGGGCGGUUAUGCUUCUGAAAUACGACGUGGAGCUUACCCAUGAAUCUCGACCUCACAGUUUCGCCGUCAGAAAACACGGUGCCCCGACACUGCAUCUCGCAGCCGAUACGGACGAAGCCGCCGCACGCUGGACUACAGUCAUACGAGAGGCCGUUGAACGAAAUAAUAAGGCUGACACAUGGCUGGACGCGUCGCUGAAGCUGCAGCAACUGCCGGCCUGCAUGAUCCAGCGGGCCGAUUGUUUCGGCUAUCUGAGCAAGCAACACGAGCGCGUGAGGCGCACUUCCUCGCCUACCGGCUGGUCCAGGCGCUACUGCGUGCUCAAGGAUGCCGCCCUUUACUUCUACGAUGACGCGAACUCCGAGCGAGCUUUCGGAGUCGCCUGUCUUCACGGAUUCCGAGUUCACGGUAGCGUGCCGAAUUCCGGCGGCAGGAAGCACGCCUUUGAACUGCAGCCGCCCGACCCGACUCAGAGGACGUACACGUUCGCCACUGACUCAGAGAUGGAAAAGAAACGAUGGCUGGCAGCGCUGGAAUAUUCGAUCGAUCGAUGGAUAAAAAUAGGUUGACAGUAGCGAGUCUCGUCAAUCGACUGCCGCUAAGCCCAUAAAUGAAGAGCGAGAAAGAGCGGGACACCGCAUGACACACAUACACACACACACAUCACACGCAAAGCGCACGAAUCUUCCCUCACCUACUAAUAUACGAUAUACGUAUAUACAUACGAGUCUCACUCCAGCAGUGAAUCAGUUCCCUCGACCUCAUCCUGAUACGCGCGUUUUAUCCUUGCAUCGCAUCCGCGCGUAUAUAUUAUAGAACAACGUGUGCCGACGACACCAUGACUCUAUAUAUUAUAUUAUACUAAUCCUCGAUCGUCCCCUCGCCGUCCCGCCGCCGACGCCGCACACGAAAUAUUAUUAUACUUAUAAUAUUAUUACGACGACGAAUAUUAGGGAGUAAGUUUUAGCAUUAUUAUCGACGUUAUGAUGUUAACGUUACACCAACGUUUGCCUCUUUUAAUAUUAAUAAUACACAGACACACUCGGUAUAUUAUACAUAAUAUAUUGUAUGACGCUAUAUACUUUCUGAUAAGUUGAAUACUUAUAUACAUAUUGUACAACUUUCGUAUGUUGUUAAUACUAAUACGGAAUGUGUAAAAGAGAAACUUUACUUUCGACUUCCCCUCACCAUAGCCUCCCCCCGAUAUAUUAUAUGGAUAAAAACAAAAAUAAAACAAAUAACUAACUAUUCGAUUAAUCUUCAUUACACGAUGUACGUAGACAUUGAAAACGAUAUAUUUUUUAGUUAUGUUUGAUAACACAAUUUAUAUAAUAAAACCGAAUAAUAAUGAGAAAAAAAAUGAAAAUAAUAUAUAUGUAUAGAUAAAAGAAAACGUUAAAGUAUUAUGUGAACUAUUCGAGAGGAGAAUCUAUACGUAUGUAAAGUUUAUAUGCUUGUCUAUUGAUUUUAUGUUCAUAGUUUAUUCAUAGUUUGUGAUGAUAAUUACUGCAAGAAAGCGCAUAAACAUAAAAAAAUGAUUUACAUGUAAUGUAAAACAUAAUAUUAUAUAUACAUAUUAUAUAUAUAUAUAUAUAUAUAUAUAUAUAUAUAUAUACAUUGUAUAGAGAUCCGCGAACAUAAGCGAUGCGAGCGGAUAUUUUAUUGAUGUGAGUGAGAACGUACGUGAUCGGUUACGACUGAGGCGAAUAAAAUGAAACAAAGACAAAAAAUACAGAAUCAUUAAAAGAAAAAAGUUCUUACCGUUAUUAUUAUUAUUAUUAUUACUAUUAUUACUAUAUUGAAGAAGAAAACACAAAUAACUUGCAAGCGUUGAACGUGACACUUCGCCAACAAGAAAGAGGUCCAGCAUAUUUGCGUGAGUGUGUGAGAAGAUCGAGUGAGUGAGAUCGAGCGCGUGAGUGCAUGUACUAAGUGUUAAUUGUUAUAGAGAGAAGCGAGACGCGUGUGAAAACAAAAAAGAGGGUGAUAGUCGAAGAAUUUGUAUACCUCGCGCGCGCACGUCUCCCCCCCCCUCCGGGUUGCGGCGGGGGUCGCAUUUAAAAGUAACGUUUAUAAAAGACAAAUGCGAAACGAACAUAUAAGAAAUUACAAACUCAAAUCGACGGAAAUGACGAGACGAUGUAAAAGAGAACGAUGUAAUCACAAGUUAUAUGCAUAAACUUAACUAAGUGUUAACGAGUAUAAAACUACGCAAGAGUUAUGUGAGAGAUGCGAAAUUGUAAAACGAAAAAAAACGAUAUUAUUAUAUAUGAAAAUUUAUUGUGUCGCGAGGGACUGACAAACGUUCUCUCUAUCUCGAUGGGUAUACCCAGUCUGAUAAAACAAGGAAAUUGAUCGCAUUAUUCUAAAAAAAAACAAGGGAGAAAAUAUGAAAAUCGAAAACAAGGAAAGAACUAAAAUUACCCGCUCAAUAAUAUAAGAUAAUAAUAAAGACUUUAAUACAAAUUAUUUAACGGCAUAACGCCACCUCUUUAAAAUUCCCUUUCUAUAUAUAUAUUUUUUUUAUUAUAAUUAUGAUUACCUAAAGCAUAUGCUUUGUGGCAUUUAAAAUCCAUAUGCAUAUCAAAUUUGCAUGCUCUUGUAUUUUCUAGAUUAAGGGAACAUUGGACGAUCUGAAUUUAGCCUGGGGUACAUAGCUUUAUUUUUAUUGCUUUGCUGAGUAGCUUAUUGUUUGCGAAUGACUACUUGUGCAGUAUUCGUAGUUUUGAUAUAUUUUUUGCUUAUUUAGUGUACGUUCGUAUUGCUAUGCAAUCUUUUCAGGUUUGUUAGUUCAAAACAACGAAUAAAGAAACAUAAUGAGUACACUUACAGGUGAACGUUGAAUUUAUAAAUUUACAUUUUUAAGACAAUUAGUAGAAGAAUCAAGCAUCGAAAAGAUCUUGUGAUAUUUCUUACGUUUUAUAAAAUUAAUUCAAUGCAGUAGAAUUUGUAUCGUCUAUGGAUUGAUGAGAGUUAAAAUCAAACACUUUUUACUUUGUAAUUCAAAGACACUGAUAGCCGAUAUUCACAUGCUCAGUGUUAUUGCAAAAAAAAAAUGUUGAUACGUCAUCAAAUAAGAACUUUAUCAAAUUCUUUCAAAAGUAAGAAAAUGAGACAACUUGUCCCAUGUUCCCACAAUACGUAAAUAUAAAUGGAUAAUUAUCAAAAAAUACGAUGAACGUAACGUAAAUUGAUGGAUAGAAUUACUCGCUAAAAUCCUAGAUGCAGAAAAAUAGAAAAAUUUUAUAUGUGACUUGUAGAGUAAUAUAUUUAGAAGAUUGAUAUACUCAAACGUUUUACGGGAUUUUUAGUUGUUAUUUAUUUUAAAUAUUACUAGUUGUAUUUUUUCUUCCCGUUUUUUUUUUUAAAUUUAAAUGUACAGCAUAAAAUUACAAUUCUAAAUCUAACACAAAUCUAAAUAAAAUAUUUUUAAUAGCAAAAUUAAAUACAAGACUAUGAUUUAUCCUAUAUCAAUAUUUAUGAACAUGCAAUCAAAGAAGACUUUAAAAUAUAUAUCUGUGAAAUAAAUUAGUUAGUUAAUUCCUAUAAAGUUUUGAAUACUUUUAGAAAACCACAAAAAGCUAGAAUUUUAGACAUGGUCGUAUUCAAGAUAUUCAAGAAGAUUCAUGGCUAUGUAUUGAUUUAGUUUAUUUUAAAAAUAUUACGAUUUGUACAUUAUUUCUAGGGUACAAAAUAACAUUAUCAAAUAGAAAUAAUGUGUCCCCGAAUUCAUAACUCCUACAAAGAUAGUAAUUCAAGCUUUAAAUGCAUGUAAAAAGUGUAUUAUCAAAUAAAUAUUCAUGAAAUUC